CGCUCCUCUUAACAAAAAGAUUACAACGAAGCUAUAUAUCACGGCCAGAACCCUCCAAGAGUGCCGACCAUCGAGUUGAUGCCGAGUAGGAGGAGCAACGGUGCAGGCAAGAGCGAGUGGUGGAGGAAUGCUGGCCAGGAUGCGGCUGCUCAAGGAACUGAUGCGUGUGGCCACCCAACAUCGUGCCUUCUACUGCUAUGUGCUACUCAGCGUUUGGAUAUUCCUGCUCAUAGCGGGAAUGUAUCGUUAUAUGGGCAAUGUUGAGAGCAUACCUGGCAAUUCAGUAUUUGGUCCUAGCUCCUCUGGCACCGUCAGCAGUUCCUUGGGUGGCGGCGAAGGUGCCCCAGCGAAAGCCUCCUCCACCGCACAGAGAUUCGCAAAGUACAGAGAGCGCUGUGCACCGCUAUCACAGCUCCAGCGUUUCGAUGAUGGCGGCCUCUUGGAGGGUUGGAAGCUUCAGGGCGUGCUGUUGGUCAUCCGACAUGGAGAUCGAGGGCCCAUAUCCCAUGUUCGUAGUGCUGGCAUCAAUUGUGGGGUGACUGGUGGCACAGAUAACCUGGUUAACAAGUAUCGAAGUUUUCUGUACAAUUCGAGUAGUUCUGCCUCUGGUUCAAAUCACAUGUACUGGAAUAAGGUGGGACCAUUCCAUGGGUUUCCCCUCCUUCCGGCCACGGAGCGCGGUUGUCCGCUGGGGCAGCUCACCUACAAGGGCAUCUCUCAGCUGCUCCACGUUGGCGAAAUCAUGCAUCAGGUGUACGCCCAUGCCUUGGGGCUCUUGCUGAAGCCGAAUCCAAAUCGUGCUUCAGUGGAAACAACGCCACACACGCUAUUGAAUUCCGACGAAGUGGUGGUCUUUACCACUCGCUAUCGACGCACCUUCCAAUCCGCCCUGGCUAUGUUGUUCUCUCUCCUGCCGCCAGAUAAGUGGCUGGCACUAAAUGUACGCGAAUCACAUAGCAUGGCAUUCUGUUUCAGCGAGUGUAGUUGUCCCCAGUCGGCGUUGCUCCGCAAGCGAUUGGAGGCCAUGGGGGAUAAGCAGCUCCUUAAACGUAACGACGUUAUGGGCGUGAUGCAGUGGAUCGGCGGUACUAUAUUGCAGCACACACCCAAUGGGAUCAACAAUCCUUUUGAGGUGGUUGAUGCCUUGUUGACCGUCCUUUGCCAUGAUGCUGCCCUGCCGUGUCGGAGGAAAAAGCAGCCUGUCACGCCCAAGCCAGUGAAGAAGAACUCUAAUCAGGAGCUGGUGGAUGUGAUCAAUAUAGAUCAGGAUGAGACGGCCGCCAAUCUAUUGCAGGAGGCACAAGGCCAGCUCGAUCCUGAUUCCCCAGAGGUAGAGAAUGGUAACCCUUUAAUACAGGCAGACGAGUCCCCCCAAGAGGGCUGCGUGGAACCUGCCCAUGUGGACACCCUAAUGUCGUUUGCAGAUGAGCUAUCCCAACGCUCCGCCGGCCAUUCGUACUAUAAACUAUCCGGAUUGCUGCGUUCCUACGGCAUGAUUCGUCACAUUGUCAGCUAUAUGCUAAAGAUGAUCUCCGGGGACAGGACAAAGUUUGUGCUAUAUUCUGGACACGAUUGCACCAUGCAAUAUCUGACGGCAGCCUUGGGCAUCAUCAGUCCUAGUCAGGGUCAAACCAUAGCGUAUGCCUCCAGAUUGGCAUUUGAAGUAUAUCGAAGUGAGGCACACACUGAUUACUAUUUCCGUGUGGUGUACAACGGUAGAGAUGUCACCCAGCAGAUUGACUUCUGUGAGGGUGGCAAGAGCCUGAGGGUUACCAGAGACUCCAGGGGCAACAAGGCCGAUCUGUGUCCCAUUGAGAACAUUAUACGCUUCCUGCACGAGGAUUACUUCAGUCCGCUAAACGCCACCAAUUUUAAAGAAGCCUGCGGAGCUGUAAAUCCCCCUAAAGCCGGCGAAUUUUAGUGGAGAAAUAAUGAACCCCUUUAAAAACUGUGAUAAGUAGUUAAGAUGCCACCCGCGACGAAAAGGAUAACUAGGAUCUCGGUUAUCCUUCACACGACCGCUUUUUAGCGAUGUUAUCUCUGUUACUUAAGUCACAAUUUAGUUAUUCAACUUGUUGAUCCACAAAUCGCAAACGAUACAUAUCAAUGGAGCACUUGUUAGAUUUUUAGGAACCAAAGCAUCUUUUAGAACGUAAGACUAAACAAAUCGUAAACAUAUCAACCAACUUAAAAACGAAUUAAAUAAGAAGAAACCCUUUCGCGAAUCGUAGAGUUAAACAUUUCCGAGUUUAAGGGCAAUUGCAUAUUUUUACGCAUUCCAAAAUUAUACAUUCCUCUUACGGAAUUUAGAAUAAACUCAAAUCAAAGAUAAUACAAGCUUUAAGAAGAGUAAUGUGUAUAGGAGAUGCAGGAACUGAGGUAUCACCUAAUCUUUUAUAGAAUGUUACUCAUUUUAAAGCUUAUAUUGCCUUUGGUAAUAUGUAUUUAGAUUAUAAGCAAGAGUCUUAAAUGAAAUGUAAACAUAUCAAGAAGUUACACAUUCACUUUACAAACUACAAAAUUAAAUUCCUUAAGCCUCAAAUCUUGAAGCUGAUAUACAGUUUAUUGAUGGUAUAUAACGAUUCGACUAGAGAUGUAAUAAAGUUUUGAAAUAAAUGUUCUAUAAAUAGUUUAAUAUUUA